AUGGCCUCUGAUGACUUGCAGAGACUCGUGAAGAAAGGAAAACGAGAUCUGGAAGAUGCCGAAGAUCGUGCAUGGGAAGAGGUUUCCCACGCAAUUGUCCACUGGGCACAAGCCGCAUUCUGUGCCGUGAACAGCAACCGACGCCACCCAGAUACACCGGAAGCACAUAGCCAGAUGCCCACCAGCAUUUGA